AAGGAACGCUCUCAAUUCUGAGACCGGUGUUGCGGUUGCGAAGUCCACUUGCUGCAUACGUCCCUUGCCGACUACCUUCUCGAUCCAGGUCGUAGUGCUCACUUACAUGUGGAUCCGUCCUUGGCUCAUGCAUCUCUCGCCAUGGGAUGUUUGCAAGUUCUUAUUUCGGGGUUGAAGGAUAUCCAUCGUCAUAUCAUAUCUGCUUCUGCUUCCACAAAAGCCAAGGUGGACAUACCAGCUCACGUCAACUAUAGUUGCUUGAAUUGGGCCGCCCAUUUGUCUUCGGUGACUUGUCAAGGAGAUGAAACUGCACGAUUAGAGUCGUCCCUUGUUCAGUUUCUCGAAACGUGUUUUCUCUACUGGCUGGAAGCUCUUAGUUUCCUGGACCGUGUUCAAGAUGGUAUCGUGUCGUUGCAUACUUUGUGUGCAUGGCUAAAGAGACACGACCUUUCGUCUCUUCAAGCACUUGCGACAGAUGGCGCGUUAUUCUUGGAGACUUUUGGUUAUCCUAUAUCUAUUAGCCCAGCGCAUAUCUACAUGUCCGCCUUGCCCUUCUCCCCUAAGAACUCCUUGAUUGCAAAUCAUUAUCGCGCUCUCUUCUCCGCUGGAACCAUACCCACCAUGACGAGUGGUCAGGUGUCGGACUGGCCUGAUAUCGCACCCAUCGCGCGUAUCGGCCGAAUCCGUCAGAGUCUGGGCGAGAUGGCUUCACCAGAUCUUUUGGCCUUUUCGCGGGAUAAUCGUUGUGUUGUGUUGCUUAGAGAAUCCAGGGAUUUUGAAGGUCUUGGUGAGGCUUUGGUUUCUGUAUGGGAUGCAGAGAAUGGAAGCUGGGUAUGUGGACCCAUCACUCUGAGCACUAGACAGGAACGUGCAAAGUCCGUGUCGCUCUCACCAGAUAAUGCAUCCAUUGCCAUUGCUAUAAUGUAUUCCUUUGCGACCGACUAUUGGAAUAUCUCCGACUUGGAUCUGGACUUGAACCAUCCACCUAUCAAUAGCGUCACGAUUGGUUUCAAAUCCAAGAGUUUUGCAGGGCUUAAUGAAGUUGGUGACUGGGCUUUUGGUAUGGAGAAUAUACAAGCCAAGUUUAGGAUUGCUACGCAGAAUCAUACGGAGGAAAUUCCUACCUUUGAUCCUGUCGCCCAGGAUGGUGCAGACUACGUCAACGUGGCCGUAUUUGAGAAGGAAACGGGUUGGAUCAUUUGGGAUCGGGGACUCUGCUGGAUACCGCCGUUCUAUGGCGAUGUCGAGGAGCCGUAUCGGCAGUAUUCUGUCCUCGUUUCCCAUGACAUGCUGGCCAUGGGAAUGCCUCACAAUGAGCCACUGAUAGUGAAGUUCGCAAAUGCCGAUACCUGGGAUGUGAGCAACAGAGUUCGCUCUGCGGCUGGAAGCUGAUUCCUUUUCUUGAUAUAGCGACUGCGCUCAACAGAGAUCGGCACAUCAUCGCUGGAGAUCGCCUGGGAUCCUAUCAGUUUUUUCGAGCUGGGAGAGGAUGCCCUAACUAGCCGUUAUCAGAAUAUGCUAGA